AUGAGCACUCAUGUUUCGCUGUUCGGAGCACACGCCUGCCCCGCCCUUACAGGCCAGCUGCUGCUGCUGCUGCUGUUGCUGCUGCAGCAUUCUGCGGCGGAACUCCGACCGCUGCCUCAAGAUGACACAGGGCCCCUCCCUCCAGGGCCUAAGGGCAGCAAAGGGGGGCCCCUUGGGGGCCCCCAACGCGCCGGUCAGAGGAGUGUGAGAGAGAGCCCUUUUUUUCAGCAGCAGCAGUUGCUGCUGCAGCAGCAGCAGCAACAGAAGAAAUAUGCAGCUGCUACGCAGCGCCUAGGGUUCGCUGGCGGUAUCCCUGCCCCGGGCAGCAGCAGCAGCAAGUGCGGCGGUGGGGGGAGCAGCAGCAGCAGCAAAAGCAGCGGCUGCAGCAGCACGAGUGUGAGCAGCACCCCGAGUAGCAACAGCAGCAGCGGCUACAGGAGCAGCAGCGGCGUUGCAGCAGCAGAACUGGCCCAUUCCAGGAUGCAGCAGCAGCUGCUGCGAGACUGUGAGGCUCUUCUUAACUGCAUGGGCUUAGCUGCUGCUGCAGCAGCCCCGGGGGGCCCCCCCAUGCUUGAUCUGUACAGGGCCCGGGGGGCCCUCGAGGGGCCCCCAACUCUCCCAUUACAUUCCAGACAGGGAUUGGGUCCCAGGAGGGGCCCCCCGCCACGGCCUACGCAGAGCCGGCGCUCUGCGUUUGCGCUGGAGCAGCAGCUGCAGCAGCAGCAGCAGCAGCUGCAGCAGCAGCAGCUCCAGCAACAGCAGCUGCAGCAGCAGCAGCUCCAGCAACAACAGCUGCAGCAGCAGCUGCAGCAGCAACAGCAGCAGCUGCAACAGCAGCAGCUGCAACAGUUCCUCAUUCAGCAGCAGCACCGCCAGGAAGAGCUGCUGCAGCAGGAGCUGCAGGAGCAGCUGCAGCAGCAGCGACAGCAGCAGCAGCGGCAGCAGCAGCAGCCGCCGCCGCCGGAGACCGACCUUGGAAUAGAGGGUCUCCUGGCAGCAGCUGCAGCAGCAGCAGCAACUGCAGCAGCAGCAGCAACUGCUGCAGCAGCAGGUGCAGCAAGAACAGCAGAAGGUGCUUCGGGAGCGACUGCAGCAGCAGCAGGUACUGCUGCAGCUGCAACAAGACUUCUCAUUUUUGUUCAGUUCCUUCCCCGUGGGGGGCAUUGGCUGCCCCCCAGGACUCAGCCCAGGGGCCCCUCCCUUUGUAAGUUCUAG